CAAAGGUGUUUUUUAGGUCGUCUGUGUUAAAUGUUCGAGCCCGUCAGGCCGAAGAAGCUUACAGUAACAACAAAUAAUUUACGCCCAGGAAUGAGGAAGAAGACUCCGAAUUUCCUUUUUUUUCCUACAGAGGAUUUCUGACAGUACACACCUUUACGAGCCAGUGAAUAACCCCCAGCCGAGUUCACUGAAUUUUUAUGAGCAGCGCAGACUUUCUGAACAGUGUGUGCAGCUGAAAGCAGGAUACUCCAGAUGUGAAGGUACUAGAGUUAUGUCUGGACAGCAGCUCGUGUUAAAGCAGAGAGCUGAGCUCCUGGGGGCUCUGUGCUGUGGGGGAACGGCUGAACCACUGGACUGUGUGCUGGACCUGCUCCUCUCUUGGGGCAUCCUUGUCUGGGAAGAUUACCAGAGCAUUCGGGGGCCAGCCAAGCCCCUCUGCUCCAACACCCGAGACCUCCUAGACUUGGUCUACAGCAAAGGAGAGGAGGCCUGCUGUCUCCUGCUAGCAGCAUUUGAACAAGUUUUACCUGAGGCUCAGAAAGCUGGUCUCUGUUUUGGUAAGGCUAAUUCAGUGGGAAGUUAUGCCAAGUGGACUCCCACUACUUCCAGUCAGGCUUUGUUGACUGACAGACCAGCUCUGGUAAGGAAACUAAGGGACCAUAUUGAUGGAGCGCUGGACGCUCUGUUGGAGGCUGGCUGCUUCACUUCAAAAGACUGUGAUGAGGUGCUAUUACCUGUGUACACGCCUUCACAGAAGGUUAGAAGGCUAUUAGACCAAGUGAGGUACAGAGGGGAGGGUGCCUCCCAUGUUCUACUACAAUAUCUACAGCACAUAGACGUUCCAUCACAACCUAUUGAAAAGGAAAAGCAACUCACUGCUGAAUGCCUGCUUUACCAGAAGAAACUUCGUAGCUCUGUCUCUGCCCAAAGCCACUUCCUUGGUACUUAUGGUGGAACAGGAAGAUUAUCCCUUGACGAUAUCUUCACUGAGUGCCUUUUACAGCUGGCGCACGACAACAGGGAGAUUACAAGCCUGGGGUUGGAGGAUGUGGUUGGUUUGGCUGGGACUCUUAAUGAGGAAGCUGAUACAGUACUUGUGUCUGGGGAGGCAGGCACUGGCAAAAGUACCCUGCUGCAGAGACUUCACCAACUUUGGGCUCGAGGGGCCUUGCUGAGGGACAUUGUUUUGCUCUUUCCCUUCAGCUGUCGUAAACUAAGCGCAGAGCGGAGGAUGCUGUCUUUGAAAGAGCUUCUGUUCCUGCACUGCUGCUGGCCAGACCGGGGACAAGAUGAGCUUUUCCAGUUUAUUCUGGACCACCCUCACCUAGUCCUGUUCACAUUUGAUGGCCUUGAUGAGUUUAAGCAGAACUUCACAGAUGAAGAGCGCCAUUGCUCCCCCACUCAGCAAGCACCUGUACCCAUGCUGCUUUUUAACCUACUCCAGGGUACCUUGAUGAAAGGGGUAAAGAAGGUGGUGACCAGUAGGCCGCAAGCCGUGGGUCCAGCACUGAAACGGUACCUCCGCAAGGAAGUCCUUGUGAAGGGGUUCUCACCUGUGGGAAUUGACUGCUUUGUUAGGAAACACCACAAUGAUCCCACCACAGCUUGUAGGGUUAUAGAGUCCCUGCAGGCUAACACAGCCUUGCUUGGGCUGUGCCAUAUCCCAGUCUUCUGCUGGAUCGUGUCUAAGUGUUACAAGGAGCUGCUUGGAUGUGGGGAAGGUAGUCCCCAGACCAUCACAGAUGUGUACCUCAUGGUCCUGCAGCACUUCUUCCAGAGGAGGGUGCCUCAGGAGCAAACAGCCCUAGGAAAGGGAUGGCUGCAGAAACAUCUGGACACAGUAAUGAGACUAGGACAGCUGGCACUGGAAGGUCUUGAAAGUUCCUGUUACGUGUUCCCAGAGGGAGAGCUGCAGAAAUAUGGCAUCACAGAACAGGAUGUCAACCUGGGUUUCCUCAUACAUUGUAAGGACCUCUCAGACUCUACUGACUGCAAGCACUAUGAGUUUCUACACAUCACUUUACAGUGUUUCUUCGCUGCUGUCCAUAUCGUUCUCAAUAGCAACAGCAACCGCUCUGUUAUCCCAAAGCUCUUCCAAUCUGAGUGCAGGCAGCUUUCAGGUCUUACUCGUGUGUGCCUUGGACACUGUAUCGACCAGCCAGGAGAGGCUGACCCCAAUGCAGCAGAGACACCAAACCUACAGAUCACUGCUAAGUUUGUAUCAGGUCUUCUUUCCCAGCAUCAUCGUGGCCUACUGUUACAGUCCUGUCCUGCUGCCUCGCUUGAGUGGAAGUCCAAGCAGGUACUGAAGUGUUUGUCCAAGGGCAUGCAGAGGCACUUCAAGUCUAUCCCUCGUCCUGUGGAGGGUGAGAAGAAGAGCAUGCACGCCAUGCCGAGCUUCGUUUGGCUCAUCACAUGCAUCUAUGAGAUGCAGCAGAGUGCAAUUGCAAAGGAUGCGGUGGCUAAGCUAGAGGUAGAGCACCUGAAGUUAACAUACUGUAAUAUUGGACCAGUGGAGUGCACGGCUCUGGCCUAUGUGCUGAGGUACCUUCCAAAUCCAGUCGGUCUCCAGCUGGACUACAACACCGUGGGGGAUGUAGGAGUGGAACAGCUCCUGCCAUGUCUACACAUCUGUCACUCCCUCUACUUGAGGAACAAUAACAUAUCCGAUGAAGGAAUACGCAAACUUGUCGGAAAAGGAGUGCACUGCGAAAGCUUCCAGAAAUUAGCGUUAUUCAACAACAAACUAACAGAUGACUGCACAAAGCAUAUUGCCUGGUUGCUGAAGACGAAGAAGAACUUUCUCGCAUUAAGACUUGGAAAUAAUAACAUCACAUCACAGGGGGCAGAGCAGUUGGCAGAGGGGCUGAGGUACAGCAAGUCACUGCAGUUUCUUGGGCUAUGGGGUAAUAAAAUUGGAGACAAAGGCACUGAGGCUUUGGCAGAUGCACUAAAGGACAGCACUUCACUAAUAUGGUUAAGCCUGGUGGAUAAUAGUGUUGGCAACACAGGAGCCUGUGCUUUGGCAGAGCUUGUGAAGAGGUGCACCACACUUACAGAGCUCUGGCUAAACCAAAACAACAUUGGCAGGGAUGGUGUGGAGUGUAUAAUACAUGCUUUGGAAGUGAACUCCAGUGUUAAAGAAGUGUGGUUGAGGGGAAACAAUCUGAGCCCUGAGGAGGUGGAGGAACUUAGUCAACGUGAAAGCAGGCUGACCUUCUGAGGAUGAAAGAGCACAAUGAUGCCAACUAUGAUACACCUACAGACUAACCUCUUCAACUAGCACUGUCUACCCUAAAACUGUAACACUGGCCCACAGUAUUGCCCGCCACUGGUCCCUGCACUUCAUUCUUCAUGAAUAUAUGGAGAAUAUAUAGGUCAACACUGUCUUCUGUUGUGCAUUAGCACAGCAGACACCAAUGCAUGGUCUUCCUGCUGUAUUUCUCAGUCUGAGCCUGAAACUGAAGACUGAUAGAGAUGUUACUUGUAGUAUACGCCAUAUUUAUGGCAUGGUUGUUGCUAACGACAUUUAUUGUGCUAUUUUAUAUGCAUCUAUACUGUAACUUUUUUCUUUUGUUCUUAAUUUUCCAUUUUUCCGUUUUUAUAUACAUUUUCUCCCUAAACAGGCUUAAGUUGGAGGAAUUUUUGUCAUGUUAUCCUUCUUUUUAUAUCUAUUUCUUUUUUUUUAAGAGAAAUUGAUAACUGUAAAUAAAAUUACAGAAAGAGUAGGCCUCUAAUAUUUCAAGAAUAUGGCUGGAAAAACAUAGGUUGAAAAGACCAAGCCGCCAAGCGUAAAAAUGAAAGUUCCUAAAUGGUUCUUGGCUUGGAUAAAUGGUUCUAAGAAAAAACAAUGUAUUUAAUAUAAAACAGGAUUGGCCAAUGUUGGCCUGUGCGGAUGUUUGUUUAGGCCUACCAAAAAGGUGCCCUUAUCCAACCCCCUCACCAGUGACAGAACAAACAUGUUUUUAUUCUGUGUGUAACUUAUUAAACUCUUUUUACUUUUUACAUUUCUAUAUUUGAGUAUUUUGCUACCUUUUAAAACUUCGUUUGAAACCAGCCUAGCUUUUAAGAGUCUGACUACACACUCUGACCCAAUGUAGC